AUGCUUUUGGAAUGUAUUUUUAUUUGCCGCCAUAAGCUCUUUUUAAAACGGGUACCGGUUAGUUUAAUUAUUGCAUUAAAUUGGGUUAGCUCCAUAAAAAACCCGACAAUAUCGUUUUUGUAUUUAAAAUUAUCCAAUUUAAUGGAAUCCGCCCGUACCAAAUAUUACCAAUCCUUAAAUUCCGUUUUUUUUCCGUUAAAAACGGGGGGUAACUUAAGUAAAACGGAAUUAACUAUAAAAAUUGUUCCGUACCGGCGAAAAGGGUCCUUGCUUACCGAGGAUAAGCCCGUUCUAAUUAAAAGCCCGCCCAUUGCUCAACGGUUUCGAUAA